AUGUGUCCCGUGGCCGCAGUGGCAGCAGCAGCGGUGGAGGAGGUGGAGGUGGCAAGAGCAGCAGCUUUGCAUCUGGGGAGCCUUUAUGCCAAUCCCUGUCGUGAGGCACGUUGUGGCCGGGGAUAUGUCUGCAUGAUUGUGCACAAUCAGCCACAGUGCGUCCCGGAGACUCAGACUUGCAGUACCAUCCAGUGCCAAGAGGGGGAGCUCUGUGAGAUAGCUGAGGGCUUGCCUAAGUGUGUCCCUUACCCAGCAGCUUGUCAUCAUCUCCAGUGCCCAGAGGGGACUAUCUGCGACCUGACAGAUGGCUCUCCUAAAUGUGUGCCUGCGCCACAGACAUGUGCUGCCAUUCAGUGCAAAGAGGGCACCAUCUGUGUGAUGACUAACCAUUGGCCAGAAUGCGUCCCAGCGCCUGCAUCCUGCCAAUCAGUGCAAUGCAGUUCAGGAACGGUGUGCCAGCUCAUCCACGGUUGGCCCCAGUGCCUGCCCAGCCAGCUUUCCUGCCACAGAUUGCGAUGCCAAGAAGGGACUGUGUGCAAGAUUGUGCAUGGCCAGUCUAAGUGUGUCUCAGCUCCAGCAUCGUGCGGAGCCAUCUUGUGUGAAUCAGGAACCAUGUGUGAAAUGGCUGGUGGUCACGCAAAGUGCGUUCCCUUGACUACGUCCUGCCUGCACGUUGAAUGCCAGCCAGGGACUAUGUGUGACCUUACUGAUGGAUGGCCAAAAUGCGUCCCAAGACCAUCAUGUGACACAAUGAAUUGUGAGGCUGGCACUGAAUGCAAAAUUGUGAAUAGCUUGCCUACAUGCCUCGCGCUCCAACUCUCCUGUGACAAAAUCAUCUGUAAACCAGGGGCUGUGUGUCAGACACUCAAUGGUAAGCCCAUCUGUGUGCACACUCCACCUUCCUGCAAUGCAGUCCGCUGUGAAGAAGGAACCAUCUGUGAAAUUACACACGGUUCACCCAAGUGUGUGCCUGCCGUAACAUCAUGUGACAACAUCCAGUGUGUGCCAGGUACUAUCUGCCAGGUGGUAAAUGAAUGGCCCAGGUGUGUGCCCCUUCCUGACUCCUGUGAGAAACUUGAAUGUAAAGAGGGGACCGUAUGUGACGUUGUCCAUGGCUGGCCCACAUGUGUUCCAGAUCCGACAGCAUCUUGUGCGUCCAUUUCUUGCCAAGUGGGGACUGUAUGUGAAAUGAUUAACAGAGUGCCAACAUGUACACCUUCCCCGCUCUCCUGUUCAAAAUAUCAGUGUGAAACGGGAACUGUCUGUGAACUAGUUCAGGGGUGGCCAACUUGUGUUGCCUUUCCACCUUCAUGUCAGAAUUUAGAAUGCACCCCAGGGACUGCUUGCAAAAUGGUUGAUGGUCAGCCUAAAUGUGUCCCCACCACCCCUCGCACCUGUGGCAUGCUCCGAUGCCAAGAGGGAACUAUCUGUAAAAUAGUUGAUGGUUGGCCCCAGUGUGUCCCGGUCCCUGCCGCCUGUGGAAAUAUCCAUUGCAAAUCUGGGACCAUUUGUGAAGUUGUUGAAGGUUGGCCCCAGUGUGUCGCAAUGGAAAUGUCCUGCGACCAAAUGCAGUGCAACGAGGGAACACUUUGUGAAAUGGUGGAUGAUUGGCCCACUUGUCUUCCUAUCGCAAGUACCUGUGAAAAAGUCAGCUGUGAUAUUGGGAGCAAGUGUGAGAUAUAUGAAGGUGGACCACAGUGUCUUCCUCUCUCACCUUCUUGUGAAAAAUUCCAAUGUGGAGAGGGGGCAAUCUGUGAAAUGAGUCAGGGUUGGCCAAAAUGUGUCCCCGUUCCUACCCCAACUUCUUGCGAAAGUGUUAGUUGCAACGAAGGGACCAAGUGUGAGAUAUAUGAUGGACAACCACAAUGUCUUCCCCUCUCACCUUCUUGUGACAAAUUCCAGUGUAAAGAUGGGACAGUUUGUCAAAUCAAUGAUGGUUGGCCCCAGUGCAUUCCCAUUCCCAUUGCAUCCUCUUGUGAGCAAGUCUGGUGCACUGAAGGUAACAGGUGUGAGAUAUAUAAUGGACAACCACAGUGUCUUCCCCUCUCACCUUCUUGUGACAAAUUCCAGUGUAAAGAUGGGACAGUUUGUCAAAUCAAUGAUGGUUGGCCCCAGUGCAUUCCCAUUCCCAUUGCAUCCUCUUGUGAGCAAGUCUGGUGCACUGAAGGUAACAGGUGUGAGAUGUAUAAUGGGCAACCAACAUGUCUACCCAUCUCACCUUCUUGUGACAAAUUUCAGUGCAAGGAUGGAACAACUUGCCAAAUCCAUAAUGGUUGGCCCAAAUGUGUCCCCAUUCCUAUUGAAUUCUCUUGUGAACACGUCAGCUGCAGUGAAGGUACCAAGUGUGAGAUAUAUGGUGGACAACCGACAUGUAUUCCCCUGCCACCUUCCUGCGACAAAUUUCAAUGUAAUAAUGAGUCGGUCUGUCAGAUCAGGAAUAGCUGGCCCGUAUGUGUUCCCAUUCCUGCUCCUAUUCCUGCCAUCCCCGCCCCAGCCACUUGUGAAAAUAUGGCCUGCAGUGCAGGUACUGUGUGUGAAAUUUAUGGUGGGCAACCAGUAUGUCUUCCUCUCUCACCCACUUGUGACAAAUUCCAUUGCAACGUUGGGUCAGUGUGUCAUAUCAGUAACGGUUGGCCGCUUUGUGUCCCCAUUGCUCCCUCCUGUGGAAACGUCACUUGUAAUGUGGGAGCCGUAUGCCGAACGGUUUCUGGGUGGCCCCAGUGUGUCCCCAGUCCAUCUUCAUGUGCACAAUUCAGUUGCAGCAUGGGAACCAUGUGUCAAAUCAUUUCCGGUUGGCCCCAAUGCAUUCCCCUUGUACCAUCUUGUGACCAUUUCCAUUGCACACAAGGGACUGUUUGUAAACUCGUUAACCACUGGCCCCAUUGUGUUCCCAACAUACCCUCUUGCAGUACCUCCCAUUGCAAAGAAGGCAUGAUCUGUGAGACCAUCCGGGGCGUGCCAACUUGUGUACCUAUUCCGGCUUCUUGUGACAAAACUCGCUGUCAACAAGGAACAGUGUGUCAGACUGUACAUGGUCGGCCAACUUGUGUUCCAGCAUCAGUACCACAUUGUUCUUCCAUCCUGUGCCAUGCGGGAACGGUUUGUCAGCUCAUUAACGGGAGCCCGCAAUGUGUGCCAGCUCCACCUUCCUGUGACAAUUUCCAGUGCAGAGCGGGGACUGUCUGUAACCUUGUGAACGGCUUGCCCCAAUGUGUUCCCAUUCCAGGUUCCUGUGAAAGGGUUCGUUGCCAAAGGGGGACGAUAUGUCAAGUGGUCAGUGGCCGAGCCCAGUGUGUAGCCACCGUAGCUCAAACAUGCCACACAAUUCGUUGCAGGAGGGGGACUCUGUGCAAAGUGGUGGACGGCUCGCCCAAGUGUGUUCCUGCUCAGCCCAUCCAGCCUGCCUGUUGGGCCUCUGGCCAGCCCCAUUACCACACGUUUGAUGGACGCAGCUACGAUUUCCAAGGCACCUGCGCUUAUACCGUAGUUAAGACCUGCAGGCCCAGCCACCAGCUCCCUUUCUUCCACAUCUUCACUAAAAGUCAGAAGAGCUCUCCGCUGUUCCUCAUCAGCCACGUCACUGUCAACGUCUACAAUUUCAGCCUCACCAUGGUCAGAUACGAAUACGGCCUCGUCCGAGUCAACCAAGUACGUUCCCGCCUGCCCAUCGUCUUGCACAACGGGCACCUCUCCCUCUCCCAUCGUGGAAACCAACUGGUCAUCGAAACACAGUUUGGCCUGAAGGUUUACUAUGACUGGAACUAUUACCUCGUUGUGAAGGUCACUCCAGCCUUUCGGAACCAUCUCUGUGGCCUCUGUGGCAACUAUAAUGGGGACCCCAAUGAUGACUUUAUUACUUCCUCCGGAAAGGUGGCUACCAACACCGUGGAGUUUGGCAAGAGCUGGAAGGUGGAAGAUGGAGACCGUGCUUGUAGUCACGGCUGCCGUGGCCAAUGUAAGCGCUGUUCUCCAGAGUUGGUGGCCAAGUACAGUUCAGAGACCUUCUGCAGCCUGAUCACUAAGCACCAGGGUGGCCCGUUCCGACAAUGCCAUGCCUUGAUUGAUCCCAAGCCCUACCUGAAUGACUGCGUGAAUGAUUUAUGCACCUUCGAUGGCUACAAGCAGAUCUUGUGCCGAGCAUUAAAGACUUAUGCUGAUGCCUGCCAAAGAGAAGGAACGACCAUUUCUGCCUGGAGGAAAGCCGCCGGCUGCCCUUUGACUUGCCCUGACUACAGCCAGUACAUGGCCUGUGGCUCAGCCUGUCCGGCUACCUGCACCCAUCCUGAUGCUCCGAAGAACUGCCAUCUACCCUGCCUGGAGACCUGCCAGUGCAAGGCAGGCUACGUGCUGGACGGUGGCAAGUGCAUUCCCCAAAGCCGAUGCGGCUGUAUUUACCACGGCCAGCUCUAUGCGCCCAACGAGCGGUUCUGGGGGGAUCAUCAAUGCCACCAGGAGUGUUUGUGCAGGGCACAAGACAAGAGUGUGGUCUGCCAAGCAUCCCGUUGCAGGGAUGCAGAAGGGUGCCACGUGGUCAAUGGCAGGAGGAAAUGCCAUCCCACCCUCUAUGGGACCUGCACCGCCCUAGGGCAGUUACAUUACAUCACUUUUGAUGGCUUGCGCUACGACUUCUAUGGGACCUGUGUUUACCGCCUGGCUGAGUUCUGUCACCACAGGAGUGUAAACCUCACUUAUUUCCAAGUUCUGGUCCAGCACGAGCAGAGGGGACUCAAGAACCCUUCUGCCGGCAAGGUCACUGAGAUCAAGGUUUAUGGGGUAAAAAUCGUCGUAAGCCAUAACCAAGUUUUGCUGAACGGCUUGUUGAUCAACCUGCCCUAUAAUAUUGAAUACGACAAAGUCGCUCUGUACCGCCAUGGCUGGGAUAUUGUGAUCGCCACUGAUUUUGGUUUAACAGUCACAUUUGAUGGAAAGAACAAUAUCCGGCUCACUGUACCGGGGACCUACAGGAGUCUCCUAUGCGGCUUAUGUGGAAAUUUCAAUGCAAGGGCAGAUGAUGACAUGAUGCAACAAAGUGGAACUCUGACGACUAGUCCAGGAGAUUUUGGCAGAAGCUGGAAGGUCCGCGACAUUCCAGGCUGUACUGAGAAGGAGAAGGUGGCCUGCCCAGACGCCCACAACGUGGAACGCACACAGAGGACAAGCAAAGAGUGUGGCAUCCUUCUACACUUGCAGGGUCCCUUCAGGUUGUGCCACAGCAAGGUGGCUGCUGAAUCGUACUUCAAAGACUGCGUCUUUGACUACUGCUCCAAUAAGGGCAACAAGAAUGCCAUCUGUCACAUUUUGUCCUCCUACGCGGCAGCAUGCCAAGCGGCUGGUGUCAAGGUCGAAGAGUGGCGAUCCACUAACCUCUGCAAACCUAACUGCCCUGCAAACAGCCAAUACAAGGUGUGUGCCAGCAACUGUCCCAUGACAUGCCGUAGCCUUUUCAAUCCAGUGCCUUGUACUGCCAAGUGCCAUGAGGGGUGUGAGUGCAAUGAAGGCUUUGUUUUGAGUGGUGACCAGUGUGUUCCCAUCUCCCAGUGCGGCUGCGUCCAUCAAGGCUUCUACUACAAGGCAGGGGAUUCUUUCUAUCUCAAUGGGUUCUGCAAGGAGCGGUGUGUAUGUCAAGUAGGUGGAAUCAUGGAAUGCCACCGUUCUUCGUGUGGUCCAAAUGAGGAAUGCCGGCUGGUCAAUGGUGUCCAGACGUGCCACUUUCUUGGUUCCAAGAGGACUGGAACUUGCCAUGUGGCCGGUGACCCACAUUACAUCACCUUCGAUGGCUCCAUCUUUGACCUCCAGAGCAAUUGCUCCUACAUCUUGGCCAAGAGCUGUACACGCCAGAGUUCUGUUCCAUCCUUUUCUGUCAAUGUGGAGAAUGAGAGGCGCUCCAAGGGAAAGGUUUCUGUAACCAAGGCUGUCUCUGUCACAGCCUAUCAAAACACCAUCUCCAUCAUGCGGGAAAAGAGAGGCAUCAUUCUGGUGAACGGUGCAACCACCUUCUUACCUUUCCGUUUGGAGAGCGACAAUAUGUGGGCGUACUACCACGGUGACAACAUUGUGGUUCGAACCGACUUUGGCUUAUUCGUCUCCUUCGACCAGCUCUACCACCUUAUCGUCAAAGUCCCUGAAGUUUACCAGGGUCAGAUGUGUGGUCUGUGUGGCAAUUUUAAUGGCAGACCCCUGGAUGACAUUGUCCUGCCAGAUGGUCAUCCGGCUGCGAGUAUCCAGGCUUUUGCAGCCGCUUGGAAAGUGGAUGGCCCGCAGGCUGCCUGUGCAGAAGACUGUGCGGCUUCGGUCUGUGGCGCUUGCCAUGCAAGUCGGAAAGCAAACUAUGUACACAACAGUCAGUGUGGCAUUCUGCAGGCGCCGUAUGGCCCCUUCAGUGCUUGUUAUUCCACCAUCAACCCUGCGAACUUCUACAACAAUUGUGUGCAUGAUCUUUGCAAGGCCCGAGGGAACCCCGUGAUCCUCUGCCGUGCGAUCCAUGGCUAUGUCACGGCUUGCCAAGCUGCUGGGGUUGUGAUCCAACCCUGGAGGACAGCAAAAUUCUGCCCUAUGAAAUGCCCAGCCAACAGUCACUAUGAACUCUGUGCGUCAGCUUGCCCCAGCAGAUGCAAAGAGGCAACCAGCAUCACCAAAUGUCCAAACUACUGUGCUGAAGGAUGCCAGUGCAGAAAGGGUUACUUUUUGGCUGGGUACCACUGUGCACCUAUCAGUCAAUGCCGGUGCUUCCACAAAGGCAUGUGGCUUAAGGUUGGCGUGAAGGUGAUCACACCAAACUGCAAAGAGGAAUGCAGCUGCCAGCGCCAAGGCCAGGUGGUGUGCACACCACUUCCAUGCGGGCCUGGGCAAGCUUGUGUCUUGAGUAAUGCCAAGUGGACUUGUGUUCGGCAGGAGGGGCAUUGCACCGUCGCCCACGGGCAUAUCUUCACCUCUUACGAUGGGGUAUCAGGAAAGCUUCCUCUGGACGGAGCCUAUGAGAUCUCUGCCCUCAACGAUGCCCAGUCUCAAUCUUGGUUCCGGGUGGUGGCGCAAGUGCACAAGUGCUCCACCUGUCCUACCCCCGUGGUGGUCUCUGUCACUAUCUACUUCCACAAGUUUAUUUUGCUGAUCAAGCAGGAUAACUCAGUUUCGGUGAAUGGACAUCCAGUGCACCUCCCAGUUCAACCUUCCAAGGAGAUCUCAGUGAGCCUGGCUCAAAAUGUGGUGGCCGUAACGCAUGGAACUGAUGUCCGGGUUCUCUACAGCACCAGAGGAGAUCUGACCUUGGUGGUCAGUGGGACACUUGCUAACAAACUAUCCAAAUCUUGUGGGAAUUUCAACGGCAAUGGUGCUGAUGACCUGCGGUUACCUGAUGGUAGGGUAGCACACACCAUCACAGAGGUCAUCAGCCACUGGAAAGUUACAACGGCAACACAGAAUGAUCGCUUUAAAAUCCACUCCUACUGA